GGCUACUUCUUCAGGUUCUACUUCUUUGUAGACAUAGCUGCCUGUUUCAUCAUCGUGUAUUCUUCGUUCGCAGACAACGUUUCAAUCUUCAUUGUGCUCAGUUUCUCGAAAGUCAUCAUGAUUGUCCGCAUGACCGAUAUCGUAAUGGCCUACAAACAAUGGAGCAGAAAACGUCUGAUCUCGAAAGUCACUGAACUCAGAAAGAAACUCCACAGAAGAGACAAAAAGAAGAGAGGAUACGCCAUGAACAGAAAUGCUAACCUCGAUACAAUUUUGUCUAAAUAAAGCUUCUGAUUUGAGAACUGCUCGUAGAAACAAAGCCAGCAAUGUUUCACUGCACACAAUCACCAGUAGCAAAAAGUCAGUCAGAGUUUCCAGAUAUUCGAACGUCAACAUCGCGCUGCUAAACUCAAUGAAAUCCAACGAAACACAGCAAGGCGAAGAGUUGCAAGAAGCAUUGAGCGAACAAACAAAACUCGAAAAGAAAGCCUCACUCUUGACAAUCAAAAGAACACUAACAUGCUUCUUUGCAGUUGUGUUUGGAAUACCUCUGUUCAUUUCCACUACAUACAAGCCUUGGCUUUCAGAGUUUGUGCCAAUGGCGAAAAUGGUUGAGCGCACCAGAAGUCUCGGAGACCAGCAAGCUUACCUCUCAGAAAUGAACUUCAUCGUCGACAACCACAAAGACGACUUUGACAGAAUUGUCGGUCUGAAAGGCCCUGGCUAUGAGUGGAAGGCAGAAGACUGGGUCAACGACAAGAUCCGAACGCUCGAGCUCAUCCAGAUCAGCGAAGGCCAGUACACGUUUACAGCCGACCUCAGCAGGUCCAUCAAACUGUACUCGGUGUGCGGAAUUUGUGGUUACUUCAUCGGUGGAGCCUUCUUGAUUGGCUUCGUCAUUUACAUCAACAGGGACUUGAACAAGUAUGUCAUUUAUCCGCUUGAAAGCAUGUACGAGAAAGUCACCAUAUUAGGGAGAGAUCCCAUGAUUGCUACACAAGAAGACUUCGGACGCAAAGCUGGCAUUGUCAGUUUGCUCCAGUCCAACUCUAAAAGCAACAACGAAGAAAUCCACUUGAUCGACAAAAGUAUCACCAAGAUCGCAUACUUGAUGGCAGUAGGCUACGGAGAAGCCGGAACCGGAAUCAUCAUCAAGAACAUGGGCAAAGCCAAGGGUCUCGAUGUCGACAUUCGAGGUGAAAAAGUGAUUGGCAUUUAUGGUUUCUGCGACAUCAGGAACUUCACAGAUGCCACUGAAGUGCUCCAGACCGACGUGAUGAAGUUCGUGAACCAGAUCGCUGCAGUAGUACAUGUCAACAUUGUCAAGUUCGGAGGCAGCAACAACAAGAACAUCGGAGACGCAUUUCUGUAUGUGUGGAAGCUGGCUUCGUUCUCAGAAGCCAAACCGUUUGCGUACAGGCUGCAAGACUUCAUGCGGAAGCGUCACGAUCUCAAUGAAGAUGAGAAAGGCAUCAUCAAAAUGAUAUGUGACUGCUCUGUGUACUGUGUUGUCAAAAUCAUUGCGAAGAUCAACAGUUACAAACACAUUCUAGCAUAUCGUGAAAAUGAGAAGCUCAAUGAACGGAUUCCAGAGUACUCAAUCCAGAUGGGCUUCGGUCUACACAUUGGGUGGGCCAUCGAAGGCCUCAUCGGUUCUCAGUUCAAGAUCGAUGCUUCGUACUUGUCUCCUCAUGUAAACCUUGCAAGCAGACUUGAAGCAGCGACGAAGCAAUAUGGAGUCAAGUUCUUGCUGAGUGAGCCACUGUACGACAUGCUGAGCAAAGACUUCCAGGCGAAGUGCCGCUGUGUAGACAGGUGCACGCUCAAAGGAGUGGCUGAGCCUCUUCGACUUUACACAUUCGAAGUGGAUGUGUCAAACUUGCCGAAACAUAAAGACAAGUACUUGAAGAUGGACUCUAAAGAACGCCAGAGCGAGGUCAACCGAGAAAAGAGCAUUCUCUACAACAAAAUUCUGAACGAAGAAAUCACUACUUCAGACUUGCUGAAGCGCGACAAAGAAAUCAGGCGAGUGCUCCACUUCCACAACAUGAACUCGAGAGGCCCCUUCAUUAACAACUACAGGAAAGCUUUCAAGAACUACCUCAAAGGCGACUGGCAAGAGGCCCACAAGCACUUCGAGAAGUGCCUGAUCAUCAACCCAAGCGACGGACCAUCGAAAGUGCUUGAGCGCUACAUCAAAGAGAAUGACUAUGACUCAGCAUCGGUUGGGUGGCAAGGCUACAGAGUGCUCACCAACAAGUAAUCAUACAGAUUUGGCAGAAUUAAGAUUCAAUAU